AUGAGUUUGAAUGGCUUAAUUGGACAGAUGCAUGACAAUAUAAUCAGUCCACCUGAGCCUCUCAGCUUUCAUUUGGAACCUCACAAGAAUGAAAACCUCCCAAGCAGCAUAUUUGACAUGCCUGAGUUAUCUCCGAGUACUUCAAGCUCAGAAAUGGAGAACUCACCCAGAUUGUCAGUGGGGACGGAAGAGAUGGCUAACUCCUCCCCAGCGGCCAGUCUCUCACCCGUCAAGGAUGGCGGCCAGCAAACGCCGAACGGUCUCGGUGGAGAUCUCAAGAGGGGUGACAUACUCCAAGGCGGAAUUGGGUUCAGAAAGGUAUCCGCAGUUCAACCUCCACACACCAAGAAAAAGCCGAAGAGAGCAACGAACAUCAGGCGGCAUCACAAGCCUAAACACCAGUGCCCUGGCUGCCCGAAAAAGUUCACUGUCAAGCGCGAUUUUGAGUCCCACUUCCGUCGCUGUUUAGGCAGACCUUUUUAUACUUGUUUGUGUGGAGCCGGGAUCACCACGCGUCAUAAUAUGAAGGCCCACUCGUUGUCUACGGAACACCUUGAACGGUUACGGGUACUCGAGGAGAUACCCUCAAAUUCCAACCCUGGUCAUCAGAAAACUGAUGGAGGGUCAGAAAAGGAAUAA